AUGCCGGCCUUACGAUUGCGAAUGGAAUCGACGCAAUGGCCGCAGCAGGCCGAAAAACCAUUACCACCAGCACCGCCUUCGCCAACACUCUCGAAUGUCGACAUGGUCCUGCCUGAUAGCACGCCAGUCAUUGCCAGUCCCAGUCGCUGGGGAGCUCGUCCACCGAGCCUUAGCUAUCUGCGCGAUGCGGACGGGAACGAACACAACAGAUACGACGGAAAUGGUACAAAUGGCCACAAGAUGAUGCUGCUGCGCAACCGUCCCGCACCAGGCGCCUACAACAACGCGCGUGUCUCACCUACAUCAGCACAUAUGGAACAGGAUGGCGGUUUCGUGGCUUCUUCGCCGCUCCUACGAGACGUGCCGCACACUGCAGGCGCUCAUGAUUUCCUACAAUUACCACAGCCGAGCGAUCGUAGCCCGAGCGGUAGUUCUAGCGGAGACAUGGCUGGUCUCAGUGCCUUCCUCGCAAAGUACGAAAAGACCGGCGGUGCCAGUGACGAUGAAACGAAUUACGACAGUGAAGCCACAGAGGCAGCGCCUCGCACGCAGACCAGCUUCGAGCUGAAGAAUGAUGUGGAUGCACAACGGCGGAAACAGCAGGAAGAGGAACAGAACAGUGCCAUACUCAGCAAGCGGGCUGAGGAGAUUCUCUCCGAUGCGAAGAAGCGGCUGCAUAGGAUGGAGGGCAAUUUACGUGGUGCGCGCGAUUUGCUCCCUCUGACAGCUGCAAACUUGCAACGCGCAGCAUCCAUGGGCUCUUCACAUCAUCACACUCUGUCCUACAGCCGGAACACGUACGAACCGAACAGCUAUGAUCACGGCAGAGAAAGUCCGGCGAUGGGCCGUAGACUUCAUUCACAGGCCAGUUCACCAACGAUAAGUCGCGACUUCAUCAAUCACUCGCGUGGAUUGAGCGCCAACGAAAUACCCGACCGACCUCACACGUCUUUCGAGCACCCACUCGAUGCAACAUACCGCGAGAAGAGAAAGAUGUCAAGGACGCCUGAACCUCCGUCCAGCAAUGCUCUUCGAUCAAUCAAAAGCUAUUCCUCGCUCGGAGAGAAUGGCUUUCCUCGUCGUAGUAGUUCUCGCGAGCAGGGUCACAGAAGUCCCACAGACUUUGGCUAUCUUGAACCUCUACAAGAGGAUGGCGAAAAUCGGGUCGCGGAUUAUCAACCCAGAUCAGAAACUCCUCAAGGAUCAAUACGUUAUAUGCCGAGUCGACCGUCAUCUAGAGCAUCCUCCAUCCGCGAACAGAUGUCGACUUUGAAAGGAAAAAUCACUUCCUUGAGAGAGAAAGCGCGAGAGGAAAGCUUACGACGUCAAAGCAGAAUUGAUUCACGAAGCUCUCCCCUCAAUAAUGCUUCGAGCGCAGCUCCAGACCUCUGGUACAAUGCGACGCCGGCAGCCACAUCCGAGCCAUCCCAAGCCGGUCUUGGCAAUAAAUGGUAUGCAGACAAGGACGCGAACGCCAGUAAUCCCACUACCCCCCAAUUUGAAUCACGGUCGUGGGAGAAUGUCACAGCCUCUGCGCCUCGCGACAUCGAAAGCCAUCACGACCAGCAGAAAUAUAUGGUUGACCGUACGGACUUGCAAAUAUCCACUAGCAAAGAAGAAUCAUCGGGAGAUUUGCGGCACACAUCCAGCGAGGGCGGUUCCGCAGAAGGACACGAGCUAGCUGCACAGAGCAAGGUGGACACUGACAUGAUUCACCAGACAGACGUCCAUCUCUUACAAGACGAUGAUGUGCUGGAUCAGUCCUUGACCGACAGUUCGAACAGCUCUACAGAGGAGGCCGAACAAUCUUCGGAGAGCUCAUCUGGCGACGAAAUUAGCGAGGCAUCCGCAGCGGUCGAAGACAACGACAAUCACAGCGUCUAUGAAGACGCGCCAAACGAUCAUAAGGUCAUGGCACACGAGGACCGGGAGGAUAAGUUCGACUAUCAAAAUUUCUUGCUCCAGAGCGCGUCCGCCAGAUAUUAUCCGGGUCGGCGAGGCUCGGAUUCCGAGAGUGAUACGUCUGUAUCAUCUGCGGCGACAGAGCGUGGACCACGUGCUGGACACAACGAACAUGAUGACGAUCUACCAAGCUCACCACAAACCCCUGAACGAUUGCGUGAAAUCGAACGCAAUAUCCUACACCACCGCACAUUUUCUGCAGAGAGCAUUCGCUCUAGUGAUACAUUUGCCACGGCAGAUGAAGGCACUGACGAUGAAGAGCAUAUGUAUCAACCCCAUCACCCCCCGGCACGCCGUGGCACCAUGAAUCAGUCAUUCGCGCUACCUCUGCAGCAAUAUGCGCCUUCACCAUCAAGACCGGAAAACAGUCGGCCGAGCACCGCUGUGAAUACACGCAUGCCUGGCCGCCGCAACAGUAGCUCGGACCGUGCCGACUCUGGAGUCGGUGGUCUCUCGCAACGUUCGUUGAGCAAUGUCGAGCCCCGUCGACCACACAGCUCUGCGACACAUUCAGCUCAGCAUAAAUACGAAGCAACAAACACUCCGCCAUUAUCUCCGCAGUCCUUCUCGGCGCAUGAUCCGGCCAUUGUGGCGGUCAACGCGUUGCUCAACCCUCAUGGCAAAGCGCUUGGGCUCAGGUCCAAAGCAGCACUAUACAGCUGUAUGGAAAGCUUGAGACAAGUCGCACUCCGUCUACAAGAAGAAGACGAAGCGCAGUAUGAUUCACGGGUACUCCGCCGGAGGAUCGACGACGCUACCAAUGCUCUCAACGGAGUUUGA